AAUUUUAAAAAGCAACAAACGAAAAAACAAUUCUCGAAUCAACUGUUAACCAAAGAAAAGAGAAAAGCAAAAAAAAAACAGUCUCUGUGAUUCACACUAAGUAUCAAUGUAUCAAGAUCGGCAAGGCGUUGUAGGAGGCGGAGGCGGUGGCGGAUCUGCGCCACACGGAAUCAUACUCGCCGUCGUUGUUGCAUUGGUAGUGCUUGUUCCGUUCUUCAUCGGAGACGGUGGUGAAGCCAUUACAGAUGCGAUCGCAGAGCUUCUUAGUCCGGUGGGACUUCUCUUACUUCCCAUCAUCCUCCUCCUCACUAUCCAGUUCCUCUCGUCGGAGCGUGGUUCCUUUGUCUCGGCCAUUUUCUCCACCGGAGAACCCGAAUCGAUCCACAGGGUUAGCGGAUCUCCCGUCGGUGUCGCUUUGUUCCUCGUACUGAUCUUGUUCUUACUCUACUACCGCUUCUCCAUCUUCGGCGGAGAUGAUGGUUCCGAUGACUGAUGCGACGUCGUAUUUUCAGAUC